AUGUCUGACUGGGAGGAGACCUUGGAGAAGACCCAUGACACAUUGGAGAGACUGUCUCUCAGUGACAUCAGAAAGACUGUGCUGCUCAAGUCCACGGAGUGCUCCCCUGAGGUUGUCAACUUUCUGGCUAACAAGUCCUGUCAGUGCUAUGUGGCACUUUGUGACUGGGCCUCCGUUAAAGAGUGGCAGACCACCAUCAGUGCCCUCAAACAAAACUCCACAAACCCGGUCAACAUCAACCUGAGGACAGAUUUCAACUACAUCCAGGCUCUAAGCCACUUCGAAGAAGGAGAUCUGGCAGAAUGUGGAAGUCAGCUGGAGCUCCUGCCCGGGGAGGACUACACUUCAAUUUCUAGCAGCAAGGACAAGCUGGAUUUGAAGAAUCUUCUGCCCUCCAUGAGUCCAGAUCCAGUAGAGCUGCAGAGAGCCAUUGAGGUGCAGCUCCUUCGCACCGCUGUCAGUGCCAUGGCCAAGGCCAGCCAGCAGGAGGAGCAGAGGAGCACGUUGGAUACUUUGGUCCGUUGCCUGAAACAGACUGGAAGGAUCUGCCUGGGCCCCCUGCGCCUGUCCACCCUCACUCUCUCUGACCCCCUGCCCACCCUGCCCACUCUGCAGCUCCACUGUGCCGCCACUAUGGAAAACAGUCUCACAGGUCAAGAUGACUGUGUGAUUCCUCUCAGCAGUGAGGCUUUAAACUCAUGUAAGCAGCAAGAUGUUCAGCUUUUCCUUCAAGCCCUCAGAUACUCCAUGUUCCAACGACAGCUGCUCAGCAAGCUCAAAGGUUAUUCUUCGUCCAUAAACGGCCAUCUGCUGGAGCUUUGUCUGACUGCUGCCAAGUUCUCCCGGAAAAAAGGCAACAUAGUUUUAGCCUGUCGCCUCCUCAGCCAGUGCUGCGAUGGGACGCAGGAAAAGCAGAAGGACGACCUUUGUCUGACCUUCAGACAGCUCAGCCUGGAGGGCACCCUGGGAGAGAAAUGGGGGCCAGAGGUUCAGAUUGAAAAGGCCAAGGUCCUGAGGACAGCAGGUCAGUCGCUGACAGCCAUGGAGAUGCUGAGCACAACCGCUCUGUCUUACUGCCACGUGGGCAAGAACGAAGCUGCUGCCUGCCGCUCUCUGCUGACACUCUGCAAGUGGCUGCUGGCUGACUGGAAGGACAUGACCCCUCAGCUGAAACAGG